AUGCUGGGUGCCUCUUUUCUCCCUGCCAGGCUCCGUCAUGAGCACAAGCAGAACGGUCCGGCCACCAACCCGACCUACAUCAACAGACAUAUUACUACACUCCUUCAAUGGGUCUCGCGAGGAGCAUUUACACACCCUGUCCACACGAUCGUUUCUGUAGCCUUAGUUGCGAGCACUUGCUACAUUGGGCUCCUUGAGGGGAGACUUCUGGAUCAUACAAGCUUAGGCAACAAUGUGGGCAGUACGGACCUUGCAGCUUUGGCACAAAAUGGGCGACUUCUCCGGCUCGGUGAAGAAACAUCAUGGAAAUGGCAAAUGCACAACAACGGCUUGGGCUAUAGCCACAGCGAUGAACAGAACAUCUUACUUAUGACACUCGUUUUCCCAGAUACCAGAUCUAAUACUUAUCCUCGUACUGCGCCUUCGCCUCAAAAAGUAGCCUCCGCCGAAAACGUCUCGGUUCAGCUUCUUCCGCCAACAGGGAAUCCGUUGCACCCGAUCUCUCAAGAUACGACACUCGCUUUUGCUGUAAAUCGUGACGACGCAGCUAAACUCCUCAAUAAUAUUCAAGAGCUGCCAACUCAAGGAUACAUUAGCAACCACGAAGACACUCUAAGUGAGACUUUCACAGCUCCGGUCAGGUGGAUCAUGAAUGCUGCCAACGGUGACGGAACUUCCAAAGCCUCGUUUGGCUCCACUGCUCGCAAUGCAUGGAUAGGUUUUGUGGAUCUGAUUAAGGCGGAAUCUCUAGACAUCGUCAUCAUGAUCCUAGGCUACCUGUCGAUGCACUUGACGUUUGUGUCUCUCUUCAUGUCGAUGAGGCACAUGGGCUCGAACUUCUGGCUUGCAACCACCGUCCUUAUCUCCUCUGUCUUUGCAUUCCUUUUUGGUUUGAUCGUAACAACAAAGCUUGGUGUCCCGAUCAACCUUGUGCUACUUUCCGAAGGUCUCCCAUUCCUAGUGGUGACAAUUGGAUUUGAAAAGCCAAUUAUACUGACUAAGGCGGUUCUAACGGCUUCAUUAAGUCAGAAGCGCCAGGGGUCGACAACGUCUGAGGCACACGUCACUAACGGCCCAAGUUCGUCAAAGACAAUACAGUCUUCCUUACAUAUCGCGGUCAGAGAUAAAGGGUUUGACAUUGUAAGAGACUAUUGUAUAGAGAUUGCUAUCCUCAUACUAGGAGCGUGUUCUGGCGUCCAAGGUGGAUUGACGCAGUUCUGCUUCCUUGCCGCAUGGAUUCUGUUUUUCGAUGCAGUCCUCUUGUUCACCUUCUAUACCGCCAUCCUGAGCGUAAAACUAGAAAUCAAUCGGAUCAAACGCCAUGUUGCACUGAGCAAAGCACUCCAAGAGGAAGGUAUUAGUAAAAGAGUUGCCGAGAAUGUUGCGACAAGCGACGAACUUUCGAGGUCGAAGACUGAAGAUGGAGUUUUUGAAGGCUCUGAUGCACCUAGACGGCCUACCGUGUUUGGGAGGAAAGCCCGCGACAGCAGCAUUCCCAAAUUCAAGGUUCUAAUGGUGACUGGAUUCCUAUUGAUCAACGCACUAAACCUUUGCACGAUACCUUUCCGUUCUGGUAAAAGGAGUGCUACGGCUACAACAAUGUCAGGGCUGACUAAUGUCUUGACGCCUCCUUCAAUUGAUCCAUUUAAAGUUGCUCAAAACGGAUUGGACUUCCUGUAUGAUCAAGCGGUGCAGAACGAGACCCCGAUGGCGGUCACGGUUCUCCCUCCUAUCAAGUACGGACUGAGUUCCUCAACACCCACAGCUAAAGAUGUGAGCGUUGCACAAAUAGAAGAUGAUGCCUCGGACCAAUUUCUUGACUAUGUGGUCGGAGGUAGAGUCGUGGAAGGCGUGCUCAAGAGUCUUGACGACCCAAUCGUCAGCAAGUGGAUCAUUGUUGCGCUGACAGUAAGCAUCAUUCUCAACGGAUAUCUCUUCAACGCCGCUAGAUGGAGCAUUAAGGAGCCACGUCUUCUUCCAGAACACACCGCCACUGUUGCUCAAGAGUCUCGCACUGCUGCACCUUCUGGCCCGGCACCUUCGUCUGAUUCAGAGUUGCUCCAGGCAAACGGUCAUGUGCCUGAACGCAAGAGAGAUGUUGUCUCUUCGCUGGACUCGGAACAUGAUAUGAGACCUUUCCAAGAGUGCGAGCAGAUGCUCAGAGACAAAAGAGCCGCCUUCCUCACAGACACAGAGCUUAGUGAGCUGACCACGCGUGGCAAGAUACCUGGUCACGCUCUCGAGAAAACGCUUGAGAAUCCAGAUGCAAUGACAAGGCUUGAGUCGCUGACCCGAGCCGUGAAGAUCCGUAGGACUUUGGUUUCGAGGACAAGGGCAACUGCUGCGACUUCAGGUUUGCUUGAGACAUCCAAACUUCCCUACCAGAAUUAUAAUUAUGAGAACGUUCAUGGCGCGUGUUGCGAGAAUGUUAUUGGUUACAUGCCGAUACCCGUCGGCGUUGCGGGUCCUAUCGUCGUCGAUGGACAGCCUUUCUAUCUGCCAAUGGCAACGACAGAAGGUGUACUGGUCGCAAGUACCAAUCGAGGCUGCAAGGCCAUCAACGACGCUGGUGGGGCUGUCACGGUCCUAAUGGCUGACGGCAUGACCCGCGGGCCAUGUGUUGGCUUCCAGACAGUAGCUCGCGGAGGUGCAGCGAAAGUAUGGCUUGACUCUGAGGACGGACAGAGGAUCAUGAGACGGGCGUUCAACUCGACGAGUAGCUAUGCUCGACUACAAAGCAUGAAAUCUGCUUUGGCGGGUUGCUAUCUCUACAUCCGGUUCAAGACGACAACUGGUGACGCUAUGGGAAUGAACAUGAUUUCAAAAGGAGUUGAACGCGCUUUGGAUGUGAUGAAGAACGAAGUUGGAUUCGACGACAUGUCCAUCAUCUCGCUCUCGGGCAAUUAUUGCACGGACAAGAAACCAGCGGCCGUCAAUUGGAUUGACGGCAGAGGUAAGAAUGUCGUUGCUGAGGCUAUCAUCCCUGCGGACGUGGUUCGGCGUGUACUGAAAAGCGACGUCAAUGCAUUGGUGGAGCUCAACACAAGUAAGAAUCUGAUCGGUAGCGCAAUGGCUGGAAGCAUUGGUGGGUUUAAUGCACAUGCUGCCAACAUAGUUACAGCAAUGUUCGUUGCGACCGGUCAAGAUCCGGCACAGAACGUGGAAAGCAGUAAUUGCAUUACGAUCAUGCGCAAUUAUGAUGGUAAUCUACAGAUAUCUGUGUCAAUGCCUUGCAUCGAAGUGGGCACAAUAGGUGGCGGAACCGUUCUCGAACCGCAAUCAGCUUGUCUAGAUUUGCUCGGAGUGCGAGGCGCACAUGCAACGAACCCUGGAGAUAAUGCUCGUCGCCUUGCUCGCAUCAUCGCAGCCGGGGUUCUGGCGGGAGAGCUAAGUCUUUGCAGUGCUUUGGCGGCCGGACAUCUUGUGAAGGCUCAUAUGGCCCACAACCGUAGCGGUGCUCCAACAAGGACAGGUACGCCAGUCAGCACAGCAGUGAGUAGUGGUCCUAGCAAGGGCCAAAUUGCUGAAGGACUAGCGAUGACGACCCUGAGAUGA